GUUGCUCUCGCCAAUUCCAAUUGACCCGACGUCUACCGCUCCGCGCUCGGUUACAGCGAUAUUCUCCCGCCUGUUCCAAUCUCCGUACAUAUUGCACCUUGUCUCUCCCCAAGGUCUGGUCCAGCCUUUCCCCUAACAAACCUCACCAAUUCCAACUGAAUAUCACCACAAGGAUGUCCCUCCUCCGCCCCCUCGCCCGCGCGGCCCUCCGCCCCGCUACCACCCCCCUUAGAGCUUUCUCUACCACCACGACCCGGUUCAUCAAGCCGGGCCAGCCCCUCCCCGACGUCGGCGCCAUCCUCCACGAGUCCUCCCCCGGCAACAAGGUCAACCUCGCCGAUGAAGCCUCCAAGCUCAACAAGAUGAUCCUCAUCGGUGUCCCCGCCGCGUUCUCGCCAGCCUGCUCGGCGACGCAUGUGCCUGGGUUUCUGGCCCACCCCAAGGCGGAGGAGUAUGACCAGGUGGCGGUGGUGAGCGUGAAUGAUGUUUUUGUGAUGAAGGCUUGGGGGGAUGUGUUGAAUCCCGAGGGGAGGGAGAACGUGCGCUUCCUGGCUGAUCCGUCUGGCGAGUUCACCAAGGCGCUUGAUAUGUUGUGGGAUGGAAAGGCUAUUUUUGGGAAUGAGCGGUCGAAGAGGUUUACGAUUAUUGUUGAGGGCGGCAAGGUGAAGAGUGUGGCUGUUGAGCCGGAUAACACGGGUACAAGUGUUAGUUUGGCGGAGAAUGUGUUGGGUAAGGCUUGAGCUAUUCCCAAAUGAAGUUCUCCAGGGGAAGGGGG